GACCGCUCUGCGAACUCGUCAUAUUCUUGACGAGUUUUAAAAUGGCGAAGCGGGUGGCAAUCAUUGGGGCCGGGUGUAGCGGUCUCACUGCCAUCAAAUGUUGUGUGGACGAAAAUCUGGAGCCAAUUUGUUUUGAGCGAACUGACGAGCUCGGGGGAUUAUGGAAUUUCACGGAAAAGGUCCGCGAGGAUCAAGCGUGCGUGAUGAAGUCAACUGUCAUCAACAGAAGCAAGGAGAUGAUGUGUUUCAGCGACUUCCCUAUACCCAAAGAGUUCCCCAAUUACAUGCACAACACUCAGGUAUGGCGGUACUUUAAGAUGUAUGCAGAUGCCUUCAGCCUACAGAAGCACAUCCAAUACAACAAAGAGAUCCUAUCGGUGAAGAAGUCAAAUGACUACGAGCAGACCGGAAGAUGGGAUCUGCAGAUCAGAGAUCACAAGACCGGAUGUGAUGAGACACAGGUGUUUGACGCGGUGAUGGUGUGUACGGGUCAUCACGCCAGCAAGAACGUGCCGUACUUCACAGGUCAAGAGGACUUCCAGGGGAAGAUCCUUCACUCUCACGACUACAAGGACUGGGCCGGGUACGCUGGGAAGAGGGUCGUAGUUGUCGGUGUCGGCAACUCGGGCGGGGACGUGGCUGUGGAGCUGAGCAUGGUCGGGCAGGUGUUUCUGAGCACGAGGCGUGGUACCUGGGUAAUCAGCAGAAUUGCGGACAAUGGCAUUCCUGGCGAUUUUCAAAUAGGCACUCGUUUCUUCAACACAUUUCGACACGCUAUGCCCGAAAAGACACUGAGCAAUAUGUUUCAGAAACAGCUGAACAAACGUUUCGACCACGAGCUGUACUCCUUGAAGCCUAAACACUCAGUGUUUGCUCAACAUCCUACAGUAAACGAUGACAUGCCCAACAGAAUCGCAACUGGAUCUUUAAAGAUCAAGGCUGACAUCAAGAGGUUCACCAAGACUGGCGUGGAGUUCGUUGACGGGACGGUGGAAGAUGAUAUCGACGUUAUCAUACUGGCUACAGGCUAUAUAUUUGGCUUCCCGUUCAUAGAUAAAUCUGUGAUCGACGUUCAGAAGAAUAAGGUCAAGAUGUUCAAAUAUAUGUUUCCACCUGACCUACCGAAACAGACAUUGGUGGUGAUUGGUUGUUUUCAGCCUCUCGGCGCCAUUAUGCCUAUUGCAGAAUUGCAGUGUCGCUUGGCAACCAGAGUGUUCAAAGGCAUAUGCAGUCUCCCGUCAAAGUACGAGAUGUGGGCGGACAUUGGGAAGAAAGAGGCGAACAUGGCAGCGAGAUAUGUCGAGUCCCAGCGUCACACCAUCCAGGUCGACUACGUCGACUUUAUGGACGAACUGGCAGAACUUGUUGGAUGUCGGCCAGCUUUAGGCCGUCUUCUGGUGAGCGAUCCGAAACUUGGACUCAAGUGUUUUUUCGGCCCCACCACCCCCUACCAAUUCCGCCUGAGGGGGCCGGGCAGGUGGUCGGGGGCCCGGGAGGCCAUCAUGACCCAGACAUACAGGAUGGAGUACCCCUUUAGGACCAGACCUCUGCCCGAAGGUACACAGACACAGUCGUCCCACAGACUCCUCACACUGGUGCUGCUAGUGGUGCUCAUUGCCGUCCUUUACCAAGUAUUUUUUUAAAUGAGGUGUGACGAGUUUAUAGAGGAAUUUUUACUCGGCGUGGCUUUUUUCUUCUUUUUAGAUAUUUACUGAGUAUAGACAGAUGGCCAUACACUUCCCGUAGUAGCAUUCAGGAUCAGGAAACUGUAAAGGAUGUCCAUGAUUUGUUUGAGUGGCAUUCUAGAAGUUGGUGGUGCAGGGUUCACAAACUGACUGACUGAGUUUAGUUUUUACGCCGCUUUUAGCAAUAUUCCAGCAAUAUCACGG